AUGGCCGUGCAAGGCUCCGAUUGGAACAGGCCAAAGAGAAAGUGCGUUUGACCUAGAAUGUAGUAGUUCAAGUAUUUAUUUUAGACGGAAAACCAUCGAUGUGACAUAUGACGUGGCGAGGCCAACAUUAAAAGUUACAAAAAUAACCGGAAAGCAUCUGGAAUGUAUGGGAAUCCCAGUGAAAGGAGGAUAUGAGUUGUAUCCGGAAGAAGCCGUUUACCUUCUAGAGGCAAGUGUACAUUAUCACAGCAUUCAAGUGACAAGAAAGAAUAAUUUAAGACAGGAUCAGCUGCAAUUUCUACGGUGUCUGGCAAAGAGCUGAGUGUUCUGGAAGCCUACUCGAUUCUGGAGAACAACUCAGUUCCGAUGUACAAGUACGAAGCCUACAAACACGUAAAAAGGACUGGAUUAGUUAUUCUUCGACCUAGGUUCGGAAGAACUAACUCAGGCUUUGCUAAAAUGGAACUUCUGUAGGAAAAGUACGAUUGAUUUUGAACGGUUCAAGCGGACGGAGAAAUUGAGCAGAGAGGAAAUGGUUCGGAAGAGUUUUGAAACGGUUAUGAAUUUGAACAAUGUUCCGACUGAACAGUUAUGCGAUCCUGAAUCUUUUCCAAGUUUUGUGACUCAAUCCGGAAGUGUUUUUAUAAAAAUGAAAGGUUGUUGGCAAUUUGUUGAGUUUAGGAUAACUAACUUCUUAAGCUCCUUUCCAGUGCUCCACUCUGAUCAAAAUCUUGUCAACUUCCUUCCUUCAGAAAUAAUUCAGAAUUUCUCAACAGAAGAAGCUUUGCAACGUAUUCCAGUCAGUUUUUUUUUAAGCAGCUAUGUACAUCAAAAGCGAAUUUCUCAGGCGCCGACGACGAAUUCAAAACGGAGAAAGUCCUGCCGCCCGAUUUAUUGGCCUCUUCUGAAAACGAAGCAUGUCAGCAACUGGUCGCAGUUCAAUUUCGAAUGGGAAAAGAUGAGACAAAGCUUGAUUGUGAAACGGUUUCGACGGUAAUCAAACUAAUCAUUGCACUCGAAAUAAUAUAAUUUUUUCAGAAUUCAAGCCCCACCACACGAACAACUCCGUCGGCAGCAGAUCACCACUGAACCCGUUGACUUCCAUAUUUUCUCUCCCGCCGCAUUCUCACAUCGUCUUCCCGCACGGCCUUUAUUCUCGCUCAUUUGCCAUCGGUACAACAGAUAUUUAGACAAACUUACAGAUAUGAACUAUUCAGAGUCAAUGGGCCCUGUCUGAAUGUUUCCAAACUUUCCAAGUUGCGCAAUGUUGUGUUGGCAGUGGAGGAAUCCGGAAAAGUGAAUUUCUUAUCUAUCAGUGGAGGACCAAUUGAUCUCAAUUUCUACUUACAAGCUCUUUAA